CAACAGUAAGCGCAGGCAGCACAUGUAAACAAAAAAGACGGAUAAUUCACCUCAUGGUAUAUACCUUAGUUUGGAACUGUUUAUUGUAAACUAAUGUGAAUUUAUUGCUGUUAAAAAUGAAGAAAUGCAUGUUAUAUUUAGAACAGUUAGACAAGUUUUGAAGUGGAAGUCUGAUUGUACGUUGUCUCAGUUUUUGCACACAUCUUCCAUAUGUGCUAAAUUUCCUAAUAUUUCAUCCAAAAUGAGUACUGAGAACCAAGAAGGUGCUCAACCAAUCAGUUGCAUCAUUCCACCUGCGGAAGUGCGUGGAAUGAAGGUCUUGAAUCGUGAUGCAUUUUCAAAGGAUAUAAAUGUUCCUUACAUACUAGUUCCUGUUGAGAAGAUAAAAGAAGCAUUGAAGUUUUUGAAGCCUUGUUUUUUGAAAAUGCCUAACCUGCAACCUGUUCAAGAUGAUGGGGAAAACAAGAAAAUUCUACUUCAUCCAGAUUUAUUUGAUGAAAAACUUCUGUAUUUGCAAAAGGGGCUUAGCAAAUUAAAUUUAAAUGGCAUUUUGUGGACAAGUAUCACUUUAAACUAUGAAAAUUGGACAGCUGAUCAUAUUUUAAAAGCUGUUUUGCCAUUGGAUUCUCCUGGAAAUGUUUCUAGUUUCAGCACUGUUGGCCACAUUAUACACAUUAAUCUAAAACCAGAUCUUAUGGAUUUUAAGCAUCUUAUAGGCCAAGUUCUUCUUGAUAAAAAUCCAAACAUAAAAACAGUUGUUAAUAAAGCACACAUUAUCGAAAACGAAUUUCGUAACUUUAACCUUGAAUUACUUGCUGGAGAACCUAAAUAUGAAGUUCUUGUAAAAGAAAAUAAUUGCCAGUAUGCAUUUGAUUUUUCUAAAGUAUUUUGGAAUCCUCGAUUGGUUCAUGAACACAAUGAAGUUGUUAAGAGAACAAGACCUGGUGAUUUAGUCUAUGAUGUGUUUGCAGGUGUGGGACCAUUUGCUGUACCUUUAGCAAAGAAGCAAUGUGUAGUACAUGCAAAUGAUUUGAAUCCUGAUUCAUUUAAAUGGUUGUGCCACAAUGCUGGUUUGAAUAAGGUUUCUCAGAAUCUUCACUGUUACAAUUUAGAUGGUAAAGAAUUUAUUCAAACCAUUGUGAAAAAAGGACUUGCUGAAUUUUGGAAUUCAGAUGCAGAUGGCCAUUGUGUUCAUAUUUUAAUGAAUUUACCAGCCAGUGCGUUAGAGUUUCUAGAAUCUUUUAAUGGUUUAUUUGCAGGUGAAGAUCUUACAAAUAUUGGACACAUGCCCAUUGUCUAUUGUUAUUUUUUCCGAAGAAAGGAUGAAAAUGUAACUGAUGUUCUUGGGAAGUAUUUUGAUGAUGAAGUACAAAAAACUCUUGAAAUCACUUCUGUUCGUCUUGUUGCUCCUAAUAAAAUGAUGAUGCGAGUGAUUUAUAAAAUACCAAAAAAAAUUUUGUUUCUUGAUCCCUCAGAACCACCUUCUAAGAAAGCUAGACUUGAGGAAGAUGCUAAUUAACAAAUCAAGGAUGAUUAUGGAAUUUUAGUAUGAAUUUUUAUUUAUGUUCUGAUUUUGAUUCUGUUUCUGCAUAUGAAAUGUAUACAUAUACUAUUAAACAUCAUUUCCUAACUUGAUUAUAUAUAUAUAUAUAUUAACUGCAUCAUAUUUGUGAAAUUUAUAAUUUUAAUUUCAUGCAUCUACUAUGAAAUGUUGUUGUGGUUUUUACAAUGACUGAUAUCAUUAAUAAUGUUUUAAAUUGUUAAUAUGCAUUAUUUGAAAGAAUGAUUUUGAUUUUUCUCUGCUCAGAAUUUUUUUUUCCACAGUUAAAUUGAGAAUUUCUGGAUCCUUGAAAUGUAUUUUUUAUUGUGUUGAAAUUUUGUUUUAGAGCAAAUGUAGCAAACAAAGGUAUGGAUGAGAGUAUAUGUAUGGAUGAGAGAAAAAAAAAUAUCCUUUAAAGUUGAUAAAUUAAAUGCCAUGCAGACUGUGAAAUGUACUUCAUUUUUAUUAAACAAAAAUAUCUGUGAAGGCUAAUCAAUUCUAUGAAAUAAUGUUGUGAGCCAUAAAUUAAUUUUUCAUAAUUUAUUAAAAACUGUAUUUUUUGCUUUGCUAAUUAAAUUAUUUCAAAUGUAUCAUCUUAUAUUUCAGUUUUUUUUUGUUAUAUUUGAGGGGUUUCCAUAUUUCUGUAAUAUUGUCAUAAUUAACCUUGCAUUUGAUAAAAGUAAGGAAUUAUUGCAACUAAGAUAUUUAUACAGUACUUUUGUAUAUUUAAAUGAGAAUGUUUGCAGUUGUAUAAAUGUAUUGCAAUUGUGUACUAAUAAGUUUAAGGAAGCAUAGGAAUUUCAUUGAAAAAUCGUGAAAAAUUCAUUAUUAAUGUGCUCUUCAUUGUAUAUUUAUGACAUUAUCGCUUCCAUUAAAAAAGU